AUGGCGACACCAGGCGCCCUCCGCGCGCCCUCGCCCACGCCUUCCGCGCACUCGAUAGUCUCCGCCGUCGAGCCGCAGCAUGUGCUCGUCUUGUACGCAUCCGAGACGGGCAACGCACAAGACAUUGCCGAGCGCAUCGCGCGCGCGUUCCGUGCCGCCCAUCGCCGCGCGGUGUGCGUGAGCAUGGACGAGUACGAUGUCGUGGACCUCCCUCAUGAGCCGCUCCUUAUCCUCGUGACCAGCACACAUGGACGCGGCGACCCACCUCCCGCUAUGCGCGGCCUGUGGGGCAAGCUCAUCCGCAAGGGACUUCCAGAGGACAUUCUCGACGACGUCCACUAUGCCCUCUUUGGUCUUGGCGAUAGCUCCUACGAGCGUUACUGCUUUGCGGGAAAGAUGCUCGUGCGCCGUAUGCACAGCCUAGGAGCGCACGCUCUGUGCGAACCUGGGUGGGGCGACGAGCGUGCUCCGGAUGGUGUGGAGCAGACCUUUGUUCCAUGGCUCAAGCAAGCACUCGACACUUUUGUUCCCUACCUCCCCGGCCCCUCGGCCCCAGCUCUGCCUUGGAAUGCUCUUCCUGAUCCCAUCUAUGCUCUGGACCCCGUCCCCGCCGACCCAGCCGAUGACCUUGCCAAGCUCUCGUUGAACGGUUCAUCAUCCAGCCAAGUCCCGGACGUGUAUGCUCCCAAGGGGUGGAAGAUGGCAACCCUUACGAAGAAUGAGCGCGUCACUGCUUCAGGAUGGUUCCAAGAUGUGCGGGAGCUGGACCUCGAGCUCGAUGGCCAUGAGAGCUACCCUCCCGGAUCUGUCUGUGCCAUUCACCCUCGCUGCUCGGCCGAAGAAGUGGACACGUUUUUGGAGAUGAAUGAUCUCCAGGCCGAAGCUGACAGGCCAAUUGUGAUAAGGUCAACCAUCCCAGACCAGCCUCUCCCACCUCACCUUCCCCGCGGCCCCACGACCCUCCGCAUCCUUCUGACAUACCACCUUGACCUGCGCUGCCCACCGCGCAAGUCGCUGUUCGAGUGGCUGGGACGCUUCUCAAACGACGAGCGCGAGGAGGAGAGACUGGAAGAGUUCAUUGCGGAUCCCGAUGAGAUCCACGACUAUGCCACGCGCCCGAAGCGCACCAUCGUGGAGACACUGGCGGACUUCCGCGCCACCAAGAUGCCUCUUGCUUACAUUCUUGAGGCGCUCCCCCCUCUGCGUAGGCGACAGUUCUCCAUCGCGAGCGACUCGGAUGCACACCCGGGCGAGAUCCAGCUCCUCGUGGCACUCGUCGAAUACAAGACCAACCUCUCUAUCCCGCGUCGAGGCCUGUGCUCGUCGUGGUUCAGCACCAUGCCUGAAGGUACACGGAUUCCAUACGAAAUCCUUCCCCCAACGCUGGAACUGCCCGACAAGGGGACACCGGUUAUCCUUGUUGGCCCCGGCACCGGCGUGGCGCCUAUGCGAGCUUUCCUGGAAGCCCGAGUCGCACAGGGCGCAGCACAGGGUGAGCUCGACAGUAUUGACCUCUACUUCAAGGAGGACUGGGAGAAGCAUCGGGCAGAGGGCGCACACGUCCGGAUCGCCCCAAGCCGCGAUAGGCCGGAGAAGGUUUACGUUCAGCACUUGCUGCGCGAGGAUGCAGCCAGGCUAAACGACUGGAUCGUACGUCGCAGGGGGCACAUUUAUGUCUGCGGGUCUUCCAACGCGAUGCCCCGAGAGGUUCGUGAAGCACUGGCAUGGGCAAUCAGCAUAGAGGGCUCUGGUACCAUGACUCCGGAGGAGAGUGCAUCGUACGUUGAGACGAUGUUUGACGACGGACGUGGCGGGGAGGAGAGUUGGUAG